UUCGUUGCGUCGUUUUUUUUUUUUACAUUUAAUAUCGAAAAAACACCCGCUACGCUCCAAGAAAAAAAAUGAAAUCUUUUUUGUUCGUUUUGUCAAUUCUGUCGAUGAUAGUUAGCAACUUCGGCAACUUUCUUCUCGAGUACGAGUGGAAAUACAUAGAUUACGUCUGGAAUGACCCGCAGCACAAGCAGCAGGCGAUAAAUUCCGGCGAAUACAACCCUAACGCGGUUUACUUGUUUGACGUAGACUACGCGGAUGAUGGCAGAUUGUUCGUCACCGCGAUACGAAACAAAAGUGUACCGGCCAGUUUAAUGACAAUAAGUGACCAAGUUGGCGAAGGGGGUGCACUUUUGAAGCCGUAUCCUGAUUGGUCCUGGUUUGAGGACGAUUGCAAAGGCAUUACUGGUGCUAUUUACCAAACACAAAUCGUAUGCAAUCAUCUUUUCGUUGUGGACGGUGGCAAGAUUGACGAAGAUCCGAUUUGUCCUCCGCAAUUGCUGAUCUUCGAUUUGUCGAACGAUAAGUUAGUUAAACGUGUCAUAAUCCCGGAUAACAUUGCUCAAAACAAAAACGGUAUCGGAUUGAUGUCGUCGGUCGCCGUUAUAGCUCCAAAUUGUUCGAACAUAAAGGACAACGCGAGAGUGUUGAUAGGCGAUACCGAUGGUUUCGGUUUGGUGAUAUACGACGCGCCCACUUCGAAUAUCUGCAGAAUCGAAUCUGAAUACAUGAAUCCGAUUGAAACUAGUUUCAACCUCGAUAAUGGGACUUCUCUAGAUUUUAGUCUAGAUGGCCUCUUUGGUAUGACAUUCAUCGGUAAAGACUUAUUCUAUGCCACUUUUGGCGGAAGCAGAAUGUACAAGUUAGAAACCUCGAAGAUAAAAUGCUCGUUAAGUUACGACGAGACCAAUAAAUUAAUUCAACUAGCGGGUAUGUUAUCAGGCCAAACGGCAGCGAUAACGUCCGAGAGAUGUGCGAUAUUUUUCAGUAAUAUCGAGAAGACGUCUAUUAUGUGCGCAGACGCCACUAAGGAAAUUAACGCCAAAAACAUGGAUGUCGUUCUGCACGAUCCAAAAAUGGUGCAAUUUGCAAGCGGCAUGAAAAACCGAGAUGAUGAAUUAGUGAUCCUAACAAAUAAGUAUUAUGCGUUCAAUGGCUCGUUAAAUUUACAAGAAGUGAAUUUUCGCAUUUUGUCAAAAAAAUUCCAAGAAAUACAGAAGACCAAUCCAAUGUGUUUCGCUUCUUGCAAGUAACGCACAAGAUAAUUUUUUGUAUUUUAAUAAUUCACUUGAGUAGGGAAGUUAUAUGAGCAAAAAUAUCGCACGUAUAUUCUCUUUCAACUUUGCUUCGAGAAAAUUUUUAAUUUUUCAAGAUCUGGGACUGUAUAUAUGUACGAAUACAAAAUUAAGUCGAUUUAU